AUGCCGCUCCAAAACGACCGUGCAGAAAGCUCAACUCGGAUCGCAGGAUCGUUCUCCCUGCUCUCCUCCUCGACCGAUAUCGAUAUGGAUUUCACCCCUCAAGACCAACACGAAGCCGAGGCGCUCAUCACCGCCUGCUUGGACCUCGUUUCCUCCGACGAUCUGCACCGGAUCACACUUUCGGUCGAGCAAAGUCAGGUGCAUAGUUGGGUACAGGAUCGACAGGGCUGGACCGCCUUACACGCCGCCGCGGGUGAGUUACGAAUCCCGCGUUUUUCCAAACUGGUGGUGCGGUCGCCGCUCAUCAACAGUCGGCGACUUUUGAAAAAAAAAAAAAAAAAAAAAUCGGCCCCCCCCCCUUCUCCUGCGCUUUGUGUACUAGCUUCGGGUCAGGCCGAGUUGUGUACUUUCUUGCUGAGGAAGAGUAACGCGGUGUGGAAUAUGGUCGAUCAUCUCGGCUUCGUGAGUCGACUCGCUUGCUUCCAGACGCGCAGGAGACGAACUUUCAACGCACACGAACUUUGACACCUACCUAUACUCCACUUUAGACCGCGGGUGAUAUCGCCUACUCGAUGAACAACGCCGAAGCGUACCAAGUCUUACUCGCCGAAGGAGUCCGAGCCGAACUAUUGAAAUCGCUGAUGACGCCAAACGAUAUCGAAUCACCCGCAACCGAGACCGCUCCCAACGAAAAUCAAGACGAAACUCUCCUCCCAACAGACGGUUCAACACGUUUUGUGAAGCCCGUUAAGAGAUCCACCGCCUCGGAUAACGCGACUUUCCUCUCAUCUCGUCUCGAAUUCACCCACGAUUCUAAAGGUCAAGCCGUCGCGUUGGACGAGGAAGGGAAUGGGGUCAUGAUGGGCUGGGAGGAACCCAUCAUGAAGAGGACGGCCGAAUGGUUGUGUGAGCCGUUUGAGCAUCGCAGGCAGCGGUCCGGCGGGAAGGGGAAGGAGAGGGCGCUAGAGGAGGAAGAGGACGACGAAUUGGUGGUGUUGAAUGUGGGGUUCGGGUUGGGGAUUGUAAGUGAUCGUAGGAGACGACGCAGCAAGGACCGGGAUCAACUGGUUUAGUAUGUCCUUCACCAGAUCGACACCUACCUCCAAACCUAUCGCCCCACCACCCACCUCAUCAUCGAACCGCACCCCGACGUCUUGGCCUUUGCCUCUUCCCAAGGCUGGUUCACCAAACCCAACGUCCGCUUCUUCCACGGCACUUGGCAAGACUACCAACUCGCCCUAUCGGACGGAACCGAACCUUACCUCGCCUUUGACGCGAUCUACUUUGACACCUAUUCCGAACACUACUCGGACCUGCACCAAUUCUUCGACGUCCUGCCCGAUUGGUUGCGCGAUAGCUCUUCUCGUUUCUCCUUCUUCCACGGUCUAGGUGCGACCUCCCGAUCUUUCUACGACGUUUAUACCGAAGUGAGUGAGAUCCAUCUCCGGGAGAUUGGGUUGGAUACGCAGUGGGAGGAAGUGGAGGUGGGUAUGGGGGAAGGUGUGUGGGAAGCGACGAGGGAGGGGAAGAAGUACUGGGGGGAUGUAGGGCCCUUUAGGAUGCCGAAAUGUCGACUGGGGGGGAUGAUGUAA